GAAAUACUGACGCGGACAAACGGGCAGUGCAGCGUACGGAACACCUCCAGGGCUCUAUCAAACACUGGCCAAGACUUCCAGAUCAUUUCACGACGACUACUAAAGACGGCGUGCGAUGCCUGACCGUGAUCCAAGGCGGCAUCUGAACGCUACGUUCGCAUCAUGAUUGUCCAAAUCCGCCUGGAUAAACCACACGCGCAUUUCACCAACCUCGAUGUCAUCAGUGGCAGGGUGCUGCUCCGCGUUCCCAAUACUACCAAUGUGUCUGCGAUAGUCGUCAAGCUCGAGGGCGAGUCACGGACUCGACUUCUUGCGCCGACGCGACCUGAUAGACCAAACCAGGCCAGGCCUGUACUGGAGGUUCAUAAGAUCCUAUACAAGACACAGGCUGUAUGGCCAUCGCAAAAUCUGCAAGAUCCAGCCUUGCAACCGAAGAGCUAUACAAUAAACGCAGGCCAUUAUGAGUACCCGUUCCAAUUCAAGCUACCCUUCAACAAUGCCUGUGUUACGGCAAACAGUCUCGCGACAAACCUCAACUUCUCUGGCCUUGCGAUGGAAGUUGCGAAGACACCCACCCACCACGUCAAACAGACCCUCCCUCCCUCCUUGAACGGAUUUCCUGGCGAGGCAGAAAUAAGAUACUAUGUGAAGGUUACAGUCAACCGGCCGCAGUUCUUCAAGGAGAAUCCCCGAGCUUGGUCGAACUUCACAUUUCUUCCAAUCGAGCCCCCGAGACCUCCUCGUGCGGAUGGAGAGGCGUAUGCAAGACGACAGCACCAGUUUCUCGACAUGUCUGGAGACACCGGAAAGAGAAAGCAGAGCUUCUUCGAUGGAAUGAGAAAGAAGGAUCAAGCAACAACUCCAACCACUCCGGUAUCACCAGGAGCGAGCGCUCCUCCACGAUUCACUGUUGAUGCCCGUCUACCAAAUCCUGCCAUUCUCACGUGCAACGAGGAGAUUCCUCUGAGGAUUCUCGUCAAAAGCUUAAGCGAACGCACAAAAAACGUUUACUUGCAAUCGCUUCAGAUCGAACUAAUUGGCUACACCAAAGUGCGAGCGCAUGAAGUUCAUAGGACUGAAUCGAACAGCUGGAUCAUCAACACUAUGAGCAAUAUGGCAAUCCCAUUGGGUGCUCCGACAGAUCCCGUUGGAACAGAAGUGUCAAUCAAUCCAGAAUAUUGGUCAGGCAAGACCCUACCUAACACUGUAGCCCCCUCAUUCGAGACCUGCAACAUCUCGAGGUCCUACGAGCUCGAAAUUCGCGUGGGUUUGGGUUAUGGCACCUACGAGCACGGCAGAGAUCAACUGACAGUGCUACCACUACGGCUCCCAGUCAAGGUCUUCUCUGGUAUCAAGCCUCCGGCCGCGCUGCUCCAAGCUAUGGCGUCUGGCGAUGGAAAGCUCCAACCUGGUCUCGCACCCGCGUCUCUCCAGCCCGAGCCCGGCCCUGUUAUGCCCUACACGCCUGUCGACCCUCCACCGUUUUCUAACAACCAAUUUCCCCCUCAACAAGGCGUGCCAUACCAGCCGCCUCCGAUGGCCGCGGGCUUUGAAGACGCGCCUCCGAGUUACGAAGAUGCCGUCGCGCAGGAUAUCCCGCCUAUCAACGGGUAUAGAGGGGAGUACCAGCCUCCGCCUUUCCCGGAAGGGGAACCAAGGUUCUCUGGAGACGAGAAAAGAAGACCGUAGAGGAGGCAUCGUGAUGACUUAUGAUGGACAUGGUUUGGUGAGAGAUAUCCAUGAGCACUUUCUUAGGGAGAGGCUGUUCUAUGGUGAUUGCUCAGGCUAUUGCUUGGCACUUGCAGACUUUUGGGGGUCAAUAAUGGAGAUGGGUUUAUGAUUAGACUAAUAUUGAAACUCUUUCCUUUUCAUCAAAUGCUAGUACUGUAGCCUCCGGUAUGGCGGGGAAGUGCUGCUGGUUAGCAUCGUGAAAACAUGAAUGCAUACUACCCAGAAAAAUUGAGAAUGAGAGGGUGAAAGGAUUGUAUGCCCAUUACGAGUAAAUCGAACGUUACAUGUU